AUGAAUAGCGUAGGGGAGGCCUGCACGGACAUGAAGCGCGAGUACGAUCAGCGCUUCAAUCGCUGGUUUGCCGAGAAGUUCCUCAAGGGGGACGGCUCCGGAGACCCGAGCACCGACCUCUUCAAGCCCUAUCAGCAGUGUGUUCAGAAAGCAAUAAAGGAGAAAGAGAUUCCCAUUGAAGGACUGGAAUUCAUGGGCCAUGGCAAAGAAAAGCCUGAAAGCUCUUCUUGACCUUGACAGUCACCUUGAAAAUAGACUCCUCCAAUCAGGAAAUUGAGGACACUGGAUUUCGUCAAUUAAGGCUGUGAAAAUAGCCAUCGAUUUGAUGAGUUUAGGAGGGAGGAGUUUGCUUUCCUUCUUGAUUUCCUCUCACUUGUAAAAGAUGAUGAACCAUCACUCUUUGCUAUGAGAUGAUUUCUCACUUGCUCUGGCAUCUUGCAGGAACUCCAUGUGCUUAAACUGAAUGACUUCUUGGGAUUAUGGUUGCAAUACUUGGUCUGGGAUCAGCUUUAAAUAUCCUUUGUAUGUAAAUACUGAUAAACUUGUCAGGAUGAUCAGGGUUGCCUGACCUCUUGAGUUUUGCUGCAAAGGACAUUAGGUACAUUGUACUAGGGUUAUUAUUCA